UCCACGAGUUUGAACUGCACUGUAAACGGUUGGAAUAGAACAUUUCUUAAUAAGUUAAAUUGAGUAGUCAUGUAAUAUUUAUGGUGAUGAAGUGUAAGUUUGUUGUGUGAGAGUGUCGUGUUGAGUGAUUUCUCGUUUGUGAGUGAAAUUGAUGUUAGGAUGAGUGAGACACACCACACAUGGAUAGGAGACUAACGUUAGCAGUGAAGGACAACAAAGUCGAUGAGGUGGAAACUCUUUUGAAGUCAGGCGCUUCGCCUGAUGCGUGUGGCAGUGAUGUUUAUGCAACUCCUGUACUUGGGACAGCUUGUGAUAAAGGCUACAAUUCCAUUGUAAAAAUUUUGUUGCAGGAAGGAGUGAAUGUAAACAAAAUUGAUUCUACUGGUUACACUGCUUUAAUGUAUGCAGCAACUGGUGGUUCUGAUUCACUAAUUGUUAUGUUAUUAUCAGCUGAUGCUGAUGGUAAUCUGAAGGAUGUGUGUGGAUGGACAGCAUUGCAUUAUGCUGCUUACAACAAUCACUCCAAAGUUGUUCGUAUUCUGUUAGAGAAUGGAUGUGAUGUCAAUAUAAAAGACAACAGUGGAAGAUCUGCACUGCAAGUAGCUGAGAGAUACAAGAAGAAUGAUGCUGCAGAUGCAAUAAAGUCUUUUACUGUGAGAUCACAAAAUUCAAGUCCAUUGCCUUUAUCGGACAGCAGUCGUACAAGAUCUAGAGAAACAGCAGCAAAUGUUUGUGUCUCUCAACCAGUGACACAAACAAUGAGGACCACUACACCUACACAACAACUUCCAAGACAAGUGCCUGGAAAAGGAGAUGAACAGUUAGUAGAGCAGCUGAUACAACAAAUAGAACAACUGAGAAAUGAAAGUUCAGCAAAAGAUAGAGAAAUUGCUGAAGAGCGAAGAGAGAAAGAAGAGUUACAACAAGAGCUGCAACGAUUACAACUAGAAAACGAAAAUCUUCAGCGACUACUAAACGAAGAGCAAAGAGAAAAAGCCACCAUGGAUGAGCUGCUGUCUGAUGCUGAAACCGCAAUUGGCCGAUACGAGCAAGCAGCAAGAACCGAAGUUCUCAAUAUUCCUUCACUUGACAUUCAGUUGACAGGCACAGAACUAGGACGUGGAUCCUAUGGAGUUGUUUGUGUUGGAUAUUGGCGUGGUUGUCCUGUUGCUGUCAAAUUGUUGUAUGAACAUUUGGCUGCUGUUCAACGCAACAUUCAUCUUGUGCAACAAGAAGCAUCUGUAGCAUGGAAGAUACAUCAUCCAAACAUUGCUACUGUUUGUGGUGUCACUCUGGAGUUAGAAGAUAAGAAGGCAUGGAUUAUCAUGGAAUUACAUAGCGGCUCCAUGUCUGGUGUGAUUGAUGCAUGUCAAGGAGAUGUUGCACCUCUCACUUUACGAGAAAAAGUUGACAUGACACAUGAUUCUUUGUGUGGACUGGAUUACAUUCACUCGAUGCAACCUAAGGAGAUUCUGCACGGUGACAUCUGUCCAAGGAACAUCCUGGUUACAGCAACGAUGAGAGCCAAACUGGGUGAUCUAGGAGCUGCUCGUUUUGAAGAUGCUUCACUUUCGGUUGGUCUGCUCAGUCCACAAUACACACCUCCGGAGAGAUUUGAUAUUCCAACUUUACCAAAAAGCAGCAAAACCGACGUGUACAGUAUGGGAGUGACCCUAUGCGAGCUCUUCACUGCUGUUCCUCCAGAUCGUCAAAAAAGGAUGGAUCAAGUCUUACUCAUCCGUCAGAGAAAUGUUCGGGCUUUAUGCAAACACCUGAUGAGAGACGAUCCUGCCACACGACCAACAGCGACAGAAGCCCGUCACAUUAUUAGUCGUAUUCGUGAUACAGACGAGUAUAAAGCAUGUCCUCUUAAACGAAUGGUAAAGGGAAAGAUGGAUGGAAUAGCUGAUGUCACUCUCGUUUAGUCUAUUUGGUGACGUUGACAUUUAAUUGAAGCAUGUGUUUGUUACUGGACACCAUUUAUAUGUUGUUACAAGGUAUUCACCUAGCAAUAGCAAUAUCUUUAGCUUUUUCUUCCAUUUUGUUAUUUUAUUGGUCCGACAUCAUCAAACUUAUUAGCAUAUGUUUUACAAUUUGAACUUUGAGGUAUGUGUAUAACUUUGUCACGUGACAUAGCAAUUGCUUUAGCAUUUGCACAUUGUAUUGUGAACAAUUCCAAUAGAACUGCUGCGUACUGU